AUGGAUGUUCAGAUGGCAGUGUUUCAUUGUGCUGAUGGUUUCCUGAAGCAGCUGAUGGUCACUAAACUGUCCCAGUGUCAGUACGCUCUGCCUCUGCUUGUUCCUGAUCCAUUCACUCAACAGAUUGAGUUUCAUCUCUGGACGUUCAGACAAAUCAACAAGAGCUGGAAGAUGAGAAACACCAACAAUGAAAUCAUCAGUCAAACCCAGCCAAUCUACAAGGCAGAAACUCCAAUGGUGUUUUUCUUCAGGUUUGGCUCUGUGUCUUCAUCCAAGUCUCAGCUGAUGAACAGUCUGAUCAAUGAGAAACACAACACGUUCUUCCACAGGAACUGUCCAGGGAGCAGCAAAAACAGAGUCCUGUUGGCUGGGGUGGUGGAGAUCGCCUGGUUCUGCCCUUCUGGAAGAGACACAGAUAAAUUCACUGAGUGUACUUUGGUUUGGAGUGAAUCAUGUUCAUCUGUGAAGAAGAACAAGAAAGACCUGCAGGUUCACUUCUCUUCUCUCCCGAGUCUUGCAGCUGAGAUGAUGAUCUCUGGAUUUCCACUGGAGCUGAUGGAUGGAGAUGCUGCUCAUGUUCCCGUGAUCUGGAUCUCUGCUGUUCUAGAUCAACUCGUCCAGAAACUGGGAGACCAGAGAGUCUUUGUGCUGUCAGUUUUAGGGCUUCAGAGCUCAGGGAAAUCCACCAUGCUGAACGCCAUGUUUGGACUUGAGUUUGCCGUCAGUGCUGGGAGGUGCACCAGAGGAGCUUUCAUGCAGCUGAUCAGAGUCUCAGACGAGAUGAAAACACAGAUGAACUUUGACUAUAUUCUGGUUGUUGAUACUGAGGGUCUUCGUGCUCUAGAACUGGCUGGAAGAUCAACAAGAGAUCAUGACAAUAAACUGGCAACAUUUGUUGUUGGUCUUGCAAAUCUGACCUUGAUCAGCAUCUUUGGAGAAAACCCAUCUGAGAUGCAGGACACUCUUCAGAUUGUUUGUCAGGCCUUCAUGAGGAUGAAGAAGAUCAGACUGAAUCCCAGAUGUGUGUUUGUGCAUCAGAACGUCUCAGACGUCACAGCUGGAGAGAAAAACAUGGAGGGAAGGAGAAGACUACUGGAGAAACUGGAUGAGAUGACAAGACUCGCUGCUAAAGAGGAAGACUGUGAUGCAGAACGUUUCAGUGAUGUCAUUAGAUUUGAUGUUCAGAAGGAUGAGGAAGACAAAGACUUAAUCAGACUAGAACAGUCCCUGAACCAGGAAAAUAAUAAAAUAUUAAAAAUGCAUCUAAUUCACAUACUUCAUCUCAAAGACAUGGACCACAAAGGACUGAGAGCUGCAGAUGUUCUUCAGAUAACCAAACAAUCAUUACAGUCCCAUGAGUCUUGCACUGAAGAGGAACUGGCUGAGACUUUCAUACAAAAACUUUUGAUGAUGGACUACAGAGCAAGAUACAUGAAAGCUAAAGAGAACAAUGAGGAAGUUCAUGAACAACAAGGAGACAAUGACCGAUCUGAAGAUGAAUGUGAUAUUUUUCAUGAAAUUACUUCGUCUAAUAAAAAAACAGGCCAAUCUAAGAAAAUUCACCCGAUGGAUGUUCAGAUGGCAGUGUUUCAUUGUGCUGAUGGUUUCCUGAAGCAGCUGAUGGUCACUAAACUGUCCCAGUGUCAGUACGCUCUGCCUCUGCUUGUUCCUGAUCCAUUCACUCAACAGAUUGAGUUUCCUCUCUGGACGUUCAGACAAAUCAACAAGAGCUGGAAGAUGACCAACACCAACAAUGAAAUCAUCAGUCAAACCCAGCCAAUCUACAAGGCACAAACUCCAAUGGUGUUUUUCUUCAGGUUUGGCUCUGUGUCUUCAUCCAAGUCUCAGCUGAUGAACAGUCUGAUCAAUGAGAAACACAACACGUUCUUCCACAGGAACUGUCCCGGGAGCAGCAAAAACAGAGUCCUGUUGGCUGGGGUGGUGGAGAUCACCUGGUUCUGCCCUUCUGGAAGAGACACAGAUAAAUUCACUGAGUGUGUAGCAUUCUGUAAUCUACACGGUGACGCAGGAGACCAUGAGAAACAGCUCCAGAUCCUCACUGAAAUUAGCUCAGUCAAUGUUGUCCUUCUACCACAACUGGAAAGGAAUGACAAACAUGCAGCAAAGAUACUAAACCUGUACAGGAACAAAAAGCCACUCAUUUGUCUAUUUACUGAGGAUGAUUCAAUUCUCAAGGUGAUGCAAAAAGGAAAAUAUAAAAUUGGUCUGAAGGACAGAAAUCAGUCAGAAGUAUCUGAAGAACUCAGAAGAGCAAUAAAGGAUUGUCUCUCAGAAUCAUCUUCCACUUUCAGACUUGAAGAUGUGUCCAAACACUCAGACAUCAGAGUAGAUGAGGAAGAUGAUGAUGACUGCAGGAGAGGAAGAGAAGCAGCACAGCAGAUGAUGAGUUUACUGGAGAAGAAAGAUCUGACAGAAAUCAAAGAAUCAUUUCUGCCUCAUCAGGGGAAACUGUGGCAUCAGUGGAGUCAGAUGAACAAAGAACUACAUCGACCUCGAGCAGAUGAGACAGAAAUGGACAUCAGCAGAAAACAGACAGAAAUGAAAAAAAUCUGUGAACAGCAAUAUGAAUCUGACGUCAGUCAGUUUAUUAAGUUCUUCAUUAAAGAAAUCAACUCAAAUGAUGAGUUAAAUGAUGAUGAAAAUAAAAAUAUGUAUUUUCUAAAAUGGCUCAAAAUCUUAAUGGAUGAAUAUAUUUCAGGUGACGUUUCUGCUCUACAUCACAAGUAUAAUGAAAAGUGGUCAACUGUCUUACAAAUGAAAGAGAAUAAAGAUGAAUUUGAACAACUCUCGGCUGAACAAGCAGAACUUGAGAGAAUAUCUGAGGAUCUUCAAGCUGCAGGCUUUGGUUUGGAGCACAUGAUGAGGGAGAUUGGUCAGAUCUAUGAAUCAUGUUCAUCUGUGAAGAAGAACAAGAAAGACCUGCAGGUUCACUUCUCUUCUCUCCCGAGUCUUGCAGCUGAGAUGAUGAUCUCUGGAUUUCCACUGGAGCUGAUGGAUGGAGAUGCUGCUCAUGUUCCUGUGAUCUGGAUCUCUGCUGUUCUAGAUCAACUCGUCCAGAAACUGGGAGACCAGAGAGUCUUUGUGCUGUCAGUUUUAGGGAUCCAGAGCUCUGGGAAAUCCACCAUGCUGAACGCCAUGUUUGGACUUGAGUUUGCCGUCAGUGCUGGGAGGUGCACCAGAGGAGCUUUCAUGCAGCUGAUCAGAGUCUCAGACGAGAUGAAAACACAGAUGAACUUUGACUAUAUUCUGGUUAUAGAUACUGAGGGUCUUCGUGCUCUAGAACUGGCUGGAAGAUCAACAAGAGAUCAUGACAAUGAACUGGCAACAUUUGUUGUUGGUCUCGCAAAUCUGACCUUGAUCAAUAUCUUUGGAGAAAACCCAUCUGAGAUGCAGGACAUUCUUCAGAUUGUUUGUCAGGCCUUCAUGAGGAUGAAGAAGGUCAGACUGAAUCCCAGCUGUGUGUUUGUGCAUCAGAACGUCUCAGACGUCACAGCUGGAGAGAAAAACAUGGAGGGAAGGAGAAGACUACUGGAGAAACUGGAUGAGAUGACAAGGCUCGCUGCUAAAGAGGAAGACUGUGAUGCAGAACGUUUCAGUGAUGUCAUUAGAUUUGAUGUUCAGAAGGAUGUAAAGUAUUUCUCUCAUCUUUGGGAGGGAAACCCACCAAUGGCACCACCAAACCCAAAAUACUGUGAGAACAUUCAAGAACUAAAUGAAACCAUUAUGUCUCAUGCAGCCAAAUCACAUGGAAUGAUGUUGAAAGACUUAAAAGAUCGUAUUAAAGAUCUCUGGGAAGCUUUACUGAAUGAACAAUUCGUCUUCAGCUUCAGAAAUACUCUGGAGAUUUCAGCUUACAGGAAACUGGAGACUGAAUACAGCAAGUGGUCCUGGAGUCUGCGCAGUGCCAUGAUGGAAAUUGAGAACAAACUACACAACAAAAUAGAAAAUGAAGCAAUUCGUGAAGUUGAGGAAAAAUAUUUUCAAAGUGAACUGAAGAAGACAAGUGAAGAAGUAGAACAAUCAAUGUCAGAGUUCUUUGAGAACAACACAUAUGCAGAUAAACUAAUUCAAUGGAAAACAUCAUUUGAAAUCAAGAUCAAAGAGCUUCAGGAAAAUAUUGUGAGAGAAGCAAAGAGAAAAUUAAUUGAGAUUCUUCAGCAGCGAGACCUGAAGAAAAAGAUUGAUGAUCAGAGGACAGAUCAUGAAAACACUCUCUAUGAAAAGAGCAAACAACUUGCUUUGAAAUUCAAAGACAAAGCAAAUGAAGAAGAAACACUGGUAAGAGAGUUUGAUUACUUUUGGGAACAAUGUAUGAAGAAGAUCAUCACAGACACUCAAACUUCAAUCAAAAACAUUGAUAUAUUAAGAGAUGGAAAACGACGUCUCUUUGAAAUCUAUCAGAGACAUCUCCCUGUAGACCACUGGGAAGAGGGUUCUGAGUACAAAAAUAUUUUCAUGGUGAAGAGUUAUUCUCAAUAUGUUAUUUUGAAAAGUUCUACAGAAACAGAGAGCACAGAGGCUAAAAAAGAUGCUUGCAAAACAGCAAAUGAAACAUUUGGAUUUGCUCAACCUCUGUCUCCAGAGAAAGAAGAUCAAAUUAGAUCAUUAGUCUCAGAUGUUGACCAGCAGACAGACCAAAUUAUUCAGUCAUUUAACAUUUCAGAGAUGGGCUACAAUAUCAGCUACAUUCAAAAAAACAUAGAUUAUAUCAAUAAAAGAGUAACAGAACUUAAGGAAGGACCAGUGAAAUAUGUGUUCAAGAAUGAAUUCUUCAGGGAUUUGGUUCUUUCCAUCUGUAAGAAAGCAAACGAUAAGAUCACUGAAGAACACAGACUGUUCAGGGAAUCCAACAAUGCUGUUCAUUAUUUGGAGAGAAAGAGAAAAGAGUACUAUAGUAUUUUCCAGAAAUACUGUCACGGAGCAACAUCAACUGCUGUUUUUGGCAAGAUCAUCUGUCAGAAACUGAAAGAGCCCAUUGAGCAGAGCGUCUACAAGAAAACAGCCAGAGAUCUGACAGAUGAAAUGAGAUCAAACUGUCAAUCACUGAAUGGAAACAGAUUAAAUCUGGAGAAACACGUUCUGAAGACACUGGCAGAAGAAGAGGAUUUCAACAAAUACAUGAACUACAUUGAAACUACUAAAGAUCACUACAAGAGUUUCAUCAGAGAUGAAGUCAAUCGGUACAUCACUGAUAAGUUCAGUCUCAGUGUUUUACCCAAGAUGGAGGAGAACAUUAAACUCCUGCAGCAGAAGAUCAUGAAAGCAGCUCAUGAAUCCACUGAACAUGUUCAAGUCAACAGUGGAGAUGUUGGUUUGUGGUUGAAGAACUUCACACAGAAGCUCUCAGAUGAGCUGAUCUUCUCUGAGAAAGACCUCAGUGGAGUCAAACAUGAUGAUGUUGAGGAUUUCAACCUCCUAGAAGAUGUCAUUAGAGAAGAACUUCCUGCUAUAAUAUCAGACAUCAGCAGUAUAUUCAACACAAAUACAUUUCCAGUAAAGUUAGAAAAUAACUUCAGACCAGAUGAUCUUCUGGCUGAUCACUUCUGUCAGUGCUGUUGGGUUCAGUGUCCAUUCUGUGGAGCCACCUGCACCAACGCCAUAGAAGACCAUGAUGGAGAUCACAGUGCUCCUUUUCAUCAGGUUAUUGGACUAACCGGAAUACAUUACGCAAGUACAAAUAACCUGUCUGUCCACAUCUGCACAUCAGCAGUAGCAAAUAUCAAUUUACAUUUUUAUCCCAUUGACUCAGAAGAUAAAUUCCCCUGGAGAGAUUACAGAAGAGCAGGAGGAGUUUUUGCAGACUGGAGCAUCACCCCUGAUUUCUCUGAACUGCCCUACUGGAAGUGGUUUGUGUGCAGAUUCCAGAAAGAUCUGGAAAAACACCACAAAAAAACAUUUGAGGGACAGGGUAAGAUACCAGAUGAAUGGAAAAAAUACUCAAAACAGGACGCUAUUGAGAGUUUGGAUAAUAACAUUUGAGCAAAUAUGUUAUUGCGAAGUCUUUAACUCACAGGACACAGUUUGAAAAGAGUUGUGUUUAUCAAUUCU